GAGAGUAAAGAAACAGAGAGAAAGUGGGGGAGGUGAAGGACGUGAAUAAUAGUGGUGGUGGUGAGAAGUUUCUGGAAAUAAAAUAACAAUGCGAACCAUUCUCCAAGGAAGUCUCCUUCCUCCUCCUCCUAUAAAACUCAGCCACUCGUCCCUUCUCUUCUCCCCAUCCCAUUCUCAUUAUUCCAACUUGAAAUUCACAACCAAAUCUUCUCCUUCUCCUCCGACAAUCACCAUGGCCAGCAUCAAAGUCCACGGAGUCCCCAUGUCCACCGCCACCAUGCGGGUUCUCGCUGCUCUUUACGAGAAGGACCUCGACUUCGAGUUGAUCCCCGUCGACAUGAGAGCCGGUGCUCACAAGCAGGAGCCUUUCGUUUCCCUCAACCCCUUCGGUCAAAUCCCUGCUCUCCAAGACGGUGACUUAACUCUAUUUGAGUCACGAGCAAUCACAGAGUACAUAGCGGAUGAAUACAGUGAGAAAGGUGAGAAGCUUAUGUGCCCAGGGUGCAACAAAGUCAAGGCAAUCACCAAGGUCUGGCUUAAUGUUGAAGGUCAACAGUUUGACCCUAUCGCCUCCAAGAUCGCCUUCGAGCGUAUCUUCAAAGGCAUGUUUGGCAUGACCACCGAUCCAGCCGCUGUCCAGGAGCUCGAAGGCAAGCUCGUCAGGGUCUUGGAUAUCUACGAGGCAAGGCUCUCCAAAUCUGAGUUCCUCGCUUGUGAUUGCUUCACUUUGGCUGAUCUCCACCACCUCCCUGUCAUCCACUACUUGAUGGGUACUGACUCCAAGACACUCUUUGAGUCUCGCCCUAAGGUUGCCGAGUGGGUCAAGAAGAUCACUGCCAGGCCUGCUUGGGCUAAGGUCGUUGACCUUCAGAAACAGUAAUGAACGAGGCUUUUGUUUAAUUU